ACUCCAGUACAGUAAGCGUGCCAGCACUUCGUAACACAUUUUCCAUGGUUCGUGCUUCCUUUACAAAUGGUCCUUCCUCUUGGCCAUGCCUCUUGUGCUAUUCUAGACCUAGUGGUUCGUUGAUAAAACAUUUCUCCGGUGCAAUUAUUUUGAUGCAGUAGGCAGCACCAGGCUUCCCGGUAAAUGACCGUAAAAUCACAUGGUUGCAUGAGAAUGAUGACGCCAUAUUUCGCGUAGAAAGCGUGUUGUGCUUUCCUGCGUUUGCAUACAUGCUUGACGAUUCAAAGCCCACGAUCAGCUUACUGCUAUCGUGAUCUCACGGUUUUAUCGGGUUUGUUUGUAUGUGAUACAGUUUUGCUUUAGCUGAAAGCUGUGAUCUUUGUUGUCUAUUAAAUGGAUUUGGACGCAGAAGCAGAACGAUUUAGCAUUGGCGUCUCGGCAGUUCUUUGUGGAGUAAGCACCAUUAUUUAUCUAUUCUGUGAUUUUGAGGAGCAUCAGCCGCUAUUCUAUAUUUUCCUUUGGUUAUCUUUCUCGGUUUUGGCCCUGGAGUACGGUGAACGAUUCCUGAUUCGAGUAGUGGGAGAAAGUGCACUGUUGAAGGUUAAAAACAUUGCCCAAUCGCCGCUCUUUAUCGUUGGUCAGGGCCUGGGUUUCUUGUCGCGUUUACGUCGGGAUCAAAGAACUACGUUCUUCUGGACAUUGAACUGUUUCUUCGUGGCACUGUACUGUGUCAGCCGACAAAUGGAUGAUGCAUCGGUGGUUUAUGCAGCCUGUGUGCUGCUUGGUUCGUCUCCCAUAAUUCGAAAAUUAUUAGGCCAUGGCACCCAGCAGUUAGCGUCGCGUUUAUUUCACCCUCCAGCUUCGGAACCAACCGAACUGGCUGAAUAUAUGCCGCAUAUAAACGAGGUGUCCCGUGAUUUCAGCAUACGAAUGCGAAGGAGCAGCUACGAAAAAAGCGAAGCUGACAUGGAUAUAUCGGUAUUUGACGUUUCUGCAUUAAAUAAUCUGGAUGGCUCUUGUUCAGUAUCGCUAAUGCGGGAAUCCCAGUUUCUUCCUGUGAUGGCAGAGAGUAUGAGCAGUUCCAAGGCCACGGACGAUGAUACUUCGCCCAUUCCCUCGGACGUGGAGGUGGUGGAUGCCGAUGAUAUACCGGAAGAUUUCCCGGCCAGUAUUGCCAGUGGCCGUCUCGUGGGUGACUUUACGUCAGGCGGAACACUGCGUCGCCACCGUCAGGAAAACAACCGUAAAGACUGAGAAUAUAAUGGGUUUGUCGCAACGUGGAACUGAUUGGAUUGUUAGAAGCGUACUAUAAGCCCUGCUUUGUUGAUUCGGGAGUGGUUUGCCAUGGGAUUUUACCUAAUUUUAUCUUUGAUCAGGUCAUGUUCCUCUUUCUCAGCUGACGUUUUGUACAUAGUGGCUUGUGUCCUGGGAUCUUGAUUUAUUUUCUUUUAUUUUAUUCCUUUGACAUUGAAAAACGACAUGCGGUUUUUGUUACUUCGUUAAAUCUCGCUUAUUGUGAUAAUUAAAAGUGUCGAAGGCAGCAGU